AUGUCUCGGCGCAAGCAGGCCAAGCCCCAGCACCUCAAGUCGGACGAGGAGCUGCCGCCGCCGGACGGGGCUCCCGAGCACGCCGUCCCCGGGGACGGGGCCGACGACGGGGACAGCGGGAGCGAGGGCAGAAGCGGGAGCGAGGACACCAACGUCUGCGAGAAGUGCUGUGCGGAGUUCUUCAAGUGGACGGACUUCCUGGAGCACAAGAAGAGCUGCACCAAGAACCCGCUCGUGCUGAUCGUGAAUGAAGAUGAGCCGGCACCGCCCUCCGAGGAGUUUCCGGAACCUUCCCCGGCCAGCUCUCCCAGCGACCGGACGGAGAGCGAGGCCGCGGAGGACCCGGCCCCCCCAGAGAGCGGCGAGGGCGGUGAGGGGAGGGCCCCGGAGAAGGAGGAGGAGCCCAUGGAAGCCGAGCCCUCUGGGGACAAGGGCUUCCCGAACCCGGGCCCCUCGCACGCAGGGAAGCAGCCUCUACCUCAGAUCCCCGAGCCAGCGCCGGUGGCCGCGUACAGCAUGCCCAACACCAACGUGACGCUGGAGACCCUCCUGAGCACCAAGGUGGCCGUGGCGCAGUUCUCCCAGAGCGCGAGGGCCGCGGGCGGCGUGGGGCCCGGCAGCGGGGUGACGGCGGUGGCCAUCCCCAUGAUCCUGGAGCAGCUGAUGGCGUUGCAGCAGCAACAGAUUCACCAGCUGCAGCUCAUCGAGCAGAUCCGCAGUCAGGUGGCCAUGAUGAACCGCCAGCCCCUGCGGCCGCCGCUGAACCCCGGGGCGGCCGCCGCGGCCCAGAGCACCCCGGUGCCGGCCUCCAGCCAGCUGCAAGGGCUGGCGGCCCACUCGGCCCUGCAGCUCUCCGCCGGCGCGCCCGCCGUGCCCGCCGCCCCCGGCCCUGCCGCCCCGCCGGCGGCCUACGAGGGCCCCCAGCACCUGUCCCAGCCGGCCGCCGGGGCCAGCGCCCCGCACGUCCCCGGCGGCGGCCCUUCCGUCCCCGCCGAGGCCGGCGGGCCGGCGUCCUCCAGCGCGGCCCCCGCGCCCGCCGCCCCGGCCUCCAGCGGCAGCGCGCAGCCGCAGAACGCCUCCACGCCCCCCGCCCUGGGGCCGGGGCCCCCCCUCAGCUCGGCCCCCAGCCUGCCAAACCCACUUCUACCUCAGACCUCCGCCGCCGCCGGCAGCGUCAUCUUCCCCAACCCGCUGGUCAGCAUCGCGGCCACCGCCAACGCGCUGGACCCCCUGUCCGCCCUCAUGAAGCACCGCAAGGGCAAGCCCCCGAACGUGUCGGUGUUCGAGCCCAAGGCCAGCGCCGAGGACCCGUUCUUCAAGCACAAGUGCAGGUUCUGUGCCAAGGUGUUCGGGAGCGACAGCGCCCUGCAGAUCCACCUGCGCUCCCACACGGGCGAGCGGCCCUUCAAGUGCAACGUCUGCGGCAACCGCUUCUCCACCAAGGGCAACCUGAAGGUGCACUUCCAGAGGCACAAGGAGAAGUACCCGCACAUCCAGAUGAACCCCUACCCCGUCCCCGAGUACCUGGACAAUGUGCCCACCUGCUCCGGGAUCCCCUACGGGAUGUCGCUGCCUCCAGAGAAGCCGGUGACCACCUGGCUGGACAGCAAGCCCGUGUUGCCCACGGUGCCCACGUCGGUCGGGCUGCAGCUCCCGCCCACCCUCCCUGGCGUCGGCGGCUACGCGGACUCCCCCAGCCUCACCCCUGCGAGCCGCUCCCCACAGCGGCCCUCGCCCGCGUCCAGCGAGUGCACGUCCCUGUCCCCCGGCCUCAACAGCUCCGAGUCGGGCGUCCCCGGGACCGCCGAGUCCCCGCAGCCAGCGCUCAGCGGCUCCUCUCUGACCAAACCCGAGCCCGCGAGCCUGCCCGGCACCAACGGCAGGGCAGGGGACGUCCCCGCCGGCGGGCAGGUCUCCGCCGCAUCCGCGGCGGCCUCCACCGCGCUGGCAGACGGCAGCAUCUGCACGGGCCUCUGCAGCCCCGUGCUCCCAGCCGGCUCCGACCAGUUCAAGGCCAAGUUUCCCUUCGGGGGGCUGCUCGACUCCAUGCAGACGUCCGAGACCUCGAAGCUCCAGCAGCUGGUGGAGAACAUCGACAAGAAGAUGACGGACCCCAACCAGUGCGUCAUCUGCCACCGCGUGCUGAGCUGCCAGAGCGCCCUGAAGAUGCAUUACCGGACGCACACGGGGGAGAGGCCGUUCAAGUGCAAGAUCUGCGGGCGCGCCUUCACCACCAAGGGCAACCUGAAGACGCACUUCGGGGUGCACCGGGCCAAGCCGCCCCUGCGGGUGCAGCACUCCUGCCCCAUCUGCCAGAAGAAGUUCACCAACGCCGUGGUCCUGCAGCAGCACAUCCGCAUGCACAUGGGCGGCCAGAUCCCCAACACGCCGCUGCCCGACGGCUUCCCGGACUCCAUGGACGCCGAGCUGCCCUACGACGACAAGGCCGCCGAGGCCCUGAGCGGCUACGACGACGACGCGGACGAGAACUCCAUGGAGGACGACGCCGAGCCGCGGGAGCCGGCCGGCGACCCGCCCAAGCCGCUGCUGCCCUGCUCGGGCUCCUGCCCGCCCUCGCCCCCCUCCGUCAUCUCCAGCAUCGCCGCCCUGGAGAACCAGAUGAAGAUGAUGGACCCGGCCGCGAGCUGCCCGCGGCUGGCCGCCCUGAGGUCCGUGGAGAACGGGUCCGGGGACAGCGACCGCCUGAGCAACGACUCCUCGUCGGCCGCGGGCGACCUGGAGAGCCGGAGCGCGGGCAGCCCGGCCCUGUCGGAGUCCUCGUCCUCCACGCGUGCCCUGUCGCCCAUGAACAGCCACAGCGAGAGCUUGCACUCCAAGUCCCCGGGGCUCAGCGCCCAGGAGGAGCCGCAGGAAACGCCGCUAAAGACCGAGAGGCCGGACAGCCCCCCCGCCGCCCCCGAAAACGGAGGCGCACUGGACCUCACGGCGGCCCAGCCCGGCCGGCCGGCCGUCAAGGAGGAGGCCCCCUUUAGCCUGCUGUUCCUGAGCAGAGAUCGGGGUAAGUGUCCGGGCGCCGUGUGUGGCGUGUGCCGCAAGCCCUUCGCGUGCCGGAGCGCGUUGGAAAUCCACCACCGCAGCCACACCAAGGAGCGCCCGUUCCUCUGUGCGCUCUGCGGCCGCGGCUGCUCCACUAGGGGGAAUUUAAAGCAGCACUUGCUGACGCACGCGUUGAGCGCGCCGCGUCCUCAGUCAUUUGACCCCGACUUUGCCCUAGGUCCCGGCCAGACCACCGCUAGCCUGGUCGCCGGCCCCGCGCCCGCCGCCAUCAAAAUGGAAGUGAACGGGCACAGCAGGGCCAUCGUGCUGGGCGAGGGCCCGCCGCUGCCGGCCGCCGUGCAGGUGCCCCCCGGGCCCCCGGCCGUGAUGGGCCCCGGCCUCGCGCCCAUGCUGGCCCCCCCGCCGCGCCGGGCGCCCAAGCAGCACAACUGCCAGUCGUGCGGGAAGACCUUCUCGUCGGCCAGCGCCCUGCAGAUCCACGAGCGCACGCACACCGGGGAGAAGCCCUUCGGCUGCACCAUCUGCGGGCGGGCCUUCACCACCAAGGGCAACCUGAAGGUGCACAUGGGCACACACAUGUGGAACAACGCCCCCGCGAGGCGUGGCCGCCGCCUGUCAGUGGAAAACCCCAUGGCUCUGCUAGGUGGCGACGCUCUGAAGUUUUCGGAAAUGUUCCAGAAGGAUCUGGCAGCACGAGCGAUGAACGUUGACCCCAGCUUCUGGAACCAGUAUGCCGCGGCUAUCACAAACGGUCUCGCCAUGAAGAACAACGAGAUCUCUGUCAUCCAGAAUGGCGGCAUUCCCCAGCUCCCAGUAAGUCUCGGCGGAAGUGCUAUCCCCCCCCUGGGUUCCCUGACCGCUGGGAUGGACAAAGCGCGCACCGGCGGUAGUCCGCCCAUUGUGAGUUUGGACAAAGCAAACUCGGAAACGGGAGCCAGCCGUCCGUUCACGAGGUUUAUCGAGGAUAACAAGGAGAUCGGUAUUAAUUAG